GGAGUGGGCAUCUCAUUAGUUUUCAAUUACAUUAUAUACAAUGGAGUUCUUAAUAAGACUUGUAAUUCAAUGCCUCUCUCCCCUUAUUCUCUUCUCCACAACUUCCCUUUCCCUAACCCCACACCUCAAUAAUAUUCCUCCCUUCACUUCCUUCCACUGGCCACGACAGUCUUCGUCCGUUUCCGACAGCGCUGCUGCUCUUCCGCCUGAGUUCGAAACCUAUUACUACAACCAAACGUUGGAUCACUUCAAUUACGCACCUCAAAGCUAUGCCACCUUCUCACAGAGAUACAUAGUGAAUUCCAAGUACUGGGGCGGCGCCCAAAACAACGCUCCCAUCUUCGCAUGGCUCGGUCUUGAAUCUCCGGUCGACCGUGAUCCCUUGGGCGCCGUAUUUCUCACUCAUAAUGCCCCUCGUUUUAAUGCUCUUCUUGUCUACAUAGAGCAUAGGUUCUACGGGGAAUCAGUGCCAUUCGGAACCCAGGCAGAAGCUUUGAACAAUGAGACACUUCGUGGCUAUUUCAACUCGGCUCAGGCUUUGGCUGAUUAUGCAGAGGUGCUGUUAUAUAUAAAGAAUGCCUAUGGAGCUCAGGGUUCUCCCAUCAUUGUUGUUGGAGCAUCAUAUGGAGGAAUGCUUGCUGCGUGGUUUCGGUUGAAGUAUCCACACAUAGCAAUGGGUGCCUUAGCUUCAUCAGCUCCCCUUCUCUACUUUGAUGACAUCACACCACAAAAUGGAUACUAUGACAUAGUAACUAAAGAUUUUAGGGAUGUGAGUGAGAGUUGUGUUGAAACUAUAAAAGAAUCAUGGUCCAAAAUUUACGAAUAUGCUAACCAGACAAACGGCCUCUACAAUCUCAGUCGCAAGUUCAACCUUUGCAAGAACUUGACCUCGCCGACGGAGCUACGCAAUUACUUGCACAGGCUGUAUAGUGAUGCCGCUCAAUAUGACAAUCCGCCGGAAUAUCCAGUGAGGAGGGUGUGCGGCGGCAUAGAUGGCGCGCCGGAAGGGUCUGAUAUUCUUGACCGGAUACAGGCCGGCGUCGUCGCCUACGAAGGGGUUUAUUCUUGCUACAUAGUUUCCGGAGGGGGUGAUACAGUGGAUGCAUAUGCUUGGCAAGCUUGUAGUGAAAUAGUGUACCCGAUUCAGCAAGGCAACGACUCCAUGUUCAUUCCAACUACUUUCAACCUGCAAAGUUUUUCCCAGAACUGCAUUAAUACCUACGGUGUUCCACCUCGACCACACUGGGUCACAACCUAUUACGGAGGACAUGAUUUUAACUUAGUUCUAAAAGACUUUGGUAGCAACAUCAUUUUCUCCAACGGACUAAGAGACCCAUAUAGCAUUGGAGGGGUUUUGAAGAACAUAUCAGAUACUCUAGUUGCAGUUUAUACUCAAUAUGGCGCUCACGUUUUGGACUUAUAUGGGAGUUAUUCUUCAGCUCCAAGUUGGUUAACCGAGCAACGGGAAACGGAGGUUAAGAUAAUACAAGAUUGGAUAACCAAGUACUAUGCUGAUCUUCAAGCCUUCAAGAAAUAGAAGUAGACAAUGUUGUUUUAAGGAACUAUGCAUAGCACUUAAUGCUACAGUUAUAAACAAAUAAUAAAAUAAGGAAUUUUCUAAGGUUUC